AUGGCUCAAGCACCACCCACAUUCACUCCGGACAGCGAACUCGCUGAGCUAGAAACCCCUCGAGGCUCUAAUAAUGGAAGCCUUUCGAUAACGGCGCUGGCUCGAUUCGAGUUUGAGCCUGGCAGGGGUAAUGAUGGCACUAAAAUUCUGAUGAUUGAGUGGGAGGACGACGAUCUCACCCGAUCUGCGAUGGACGGGUCCUGGCAUGUCUCAUGGGCCGGCAAAACUGCUACGAUGCCCACUGAUGAAAGACCGAGUGACAGCCUGCGCCGUUGCUACUUCUUGCUCCCGCCCCAUACUACCAUUCCUCCCGUCGUCACUCUGUCAUAUGAGACCAAGCCCUCGGCUCCGGGGUCGGCUGAUAACAUUGUGCCUGCCCCACCAAGGCCACAGGACACCUUCCAGCUCAAUCCUCUCCCAGCCAUUUUCCCUCCUGAAUUGGGUGCCACAGGACGCACAGCUGGCAAGAAGGGCGUUCUGCAUACUAUUUGGGCAAAGAAACGCCUGCAGGUUCUUGAAAAGGAGAUUGAGGAUGAAUCACGCAACAAUGUCGAAGGAAUCGCGCUGCUUAUGGCAAUUCAGGAGAAGGAAUGGAUAGAGUUGAACUUUGGAGUAGGCUCGCGGGCCGUCGACUCAGUUGACAGUAGCCAUGACUCAUCCUCCGUGUACCCAGCCACGCCGGUGUCGCCUGUCAGCGGCAGGAAGCUGGGUGACAAACUCAAGGGACUGAGGUUGCAAACCAGUGAGAGGGAUCUAUCAGGAAGCGGCUCGCACGGAGCAUCGCUUCUAUCCCCGCAAUCGCCUGAUGUUGCGGUUUCCUCUUUCAGCUCAUUUCGCAACGUCGCCCACCGACACAUACACUCCAUGCCAACGCCUAACACCAAUCCCACCCCUACGCCAAGCUCUCAAAUUAAUCCCUCUGGUCCCGAAGCACUGAAACCUGUUGCACUCUUCCCGCCUGACUUCCUCCAGGGGACUCAGCAAACAAGCGAGCCCACUGGAUUCGCAGCAAUGGGCGCAGCGAUGGGUGCAAUCCCGCCCACUCCGAGCAAUGAUUCCGGCGAGGAAUUGUUCGCCAAGGCACUGAGCCCACGCUCACCGGAUCUUCCCCGCAGCCCGUUUUCAUUCCGUUGA